AGUUUGGAUCUGGAGUUGGUGACGAUGGCAUCGUGACGGGUGUUUCUCUAGUUACCAAUAACCUGUGUCAAAAAUCGAGUGUGGGUGAGCUGAAAAAGUGAUUGACAUGUCAAAAUGGGGUUGCCUUCAUUGUGCCAGUUGACAGGAGUCAGAUCGCCAAAAAGGCAUGGCUGAUAAAAAGCUUGACGAGCUCAUUCAUUGUUAGAAAUCGAAGGUUUUGAAUUAGUUGCCUUCAUAUACCGGCUUUUGUGUAUUCGAUCUAACUGACUAAAAUCUAUCUAUGUAUAGAAAACGUAUCAGUCGCUAGCAAGUUUCCACAGUGUGACUGACUGCACUUUGUUCAAGUGAAGAAGAAUCUCCGCACAUUCCCGUAUACUGCUUGAGCGAGUGAAAUUGAAUGGGAAAAAUCCUUUGGAAUCUCGAAGAUCAGUGUUUUUGCCCGCCAAUCCACACCAGCUACCGCUUAAUAUCAGCCAGCAAACCUAACUGACCGAGCCUGUCGUGUGGGCUAUAGAAAUGCAUUUGUAUUACACUUGAGGGCAAUUCAACAUGGAGAUAUUCUCGGCCUUCAAAGGGCUGAGUCUAAAGAGCUCUAGAUCUCAGCAAAAUGGUUUCGAUUCUUGUCAAUCAGAUUCGAAACCGCCCAGGCCACCCAAGAGCAAGAAGAAGGCACUCAAGAGGGAUAGCAAACCGCCGACAUCUGGUCGGGAAUCGCGGGCCCGUUCUCAUGGGUUGAGCUCGAGAGAAAGUAGUCGAGCGGGAUCGCCCGUGUCCAUUCGCUCGACCUUGUCCUUGAACAUUGGCACAAGAUGGGCGGAAUUUCGCGGGAGGCGUUCCUCGAGCCCUGCUGGCUCCGAGAUGAGUGUGGGAAGUCAGAGUGUGGUGACCUCACCCAAUUCUAAAGUGACCUCGCCGGAGUCAUUGUCUAGUUAUAGAGUGGUGGACAGUGUCGGGCCGUUGUCACAGAGGCACAUGAGUCUUCGACGAUCCAUGCGGGACACUCAUAGCCCCUCGUGGAGCUCGGCCGGAUCCUCAAUUCGAUGGAGCAGCGGACGGUUCCCGAGCCAUCGUCUUCCCUCUCAAAGGAGACCCAAUUCAACUCAGUUUUUCAGCGAAAGUAAUGCCGCCACCACAAUCUUAAGUGCAUGCAAGUUUCCUGUGGACCAGUUCCGACCGGAUUUGUAUUUGGACCCCAAUCAAGGUAUGUCAACUUCUGACAACUCUAUAGCUUCUUCCACCACUAGCUCGUCCAAACAAGGAUCCCUUGGCACCUUGGGUCGAAAAAGUAGCCGAUCGGGCACGCCAUUGCAUCGGAUAUAUUUGAGCGCGGUUCGUCGGUUGAUGUCCAGCGAAUCCCCCUCCAGAUCCAAUGGUCACCAUCCAAUCCGAGGUUCCGGACCCCAAGAGCUCUGCCCGAGUUGCCAGAUGCCUUUCGAUAAGGGUAAAAAGCGAAGAUUGGUCGAUACCUGUGGACACCAGAGGUGCUAUUCGUGCAUGUUCAAGCGACAAGAGUGUCCAGUCUGCUUCGGUCAAGGCUCCAGCCCGGCAAAAUUACAGAAAUCUGGAUCUGGAAGUCGUCUUCUAGGUGCUAAUCAUCCGGAUUUCUAUCCAAACAGUCCCUCUUUGUCGAUAGCUUCAUCUAACAAUCGUUUUGGUGCGGGUUCUUCAGGUGGAUUUGGCAACUCCCGCAGCCGAACCCAAAGUCCCUCCCUCCACGGGCCCGUUCCCAAUCGGCAUCAAAAUGGCAUUCAAAGUAACCUGACCAUUCACGGCGAUCAUUCAGGCGGCAUAGGAGUCAAUCGUCGAUUUGUUCCGAGUCCAAAACUCUUUCGCUCUCCUUGGCUCCAGCACCAACGAAGAUCUCACCUACUCAGCGACGGAAAAGACGUUGUUAAUGGAAAUGGUAAACCAUCAGGUUCUGGAGCUGUGUCAUCCCUCCCACUCUCACCGUUGGAUUCGAGACGCUCUGCCUCCGGGAAAGGUUGCAAUUCGAUUGAGCCGAGUUCGCAUAGUCGAGAGUCCGGCUUUCAAUCCGCCACCUCGCUGACGAGUCUGGAGAAAGUUGGCCAUGAGCACAGUCCGGUGAGCACCUUGGACGGAUUGGAGACCGGAGGCAACGAUGGAGCCAUGAUGAUGCGGGAAGGAGGACCCAUGGGGGUUCCCGUGGGGGGUAGUCAAUUGUCAGCUGACAGCAUGGUGUCACUCAUCUCCGGUUUGAGUGAUUCAGCCUCGAAUCCUCUGGGUUCCCGACGCCACUCUCUGACUACUUUAAAGCAGCAAAACGGAGAAGAUGGGGGAAGUCGCAGGUCAGUGGUCAGGCGGUCAGCUCGAUUUUCCCACCAAAAUCGACAUCAGCCCACUCAUUCACUGAUUAGCGAAGAACUGCGAAGCGUCACCGAGGACGCUCCCCUUCCGCAAUUGCGACAGUUAUAUUGGACUCUGAAGCCGUUAUUCUUCGAAGUGCCGAGCUCCGAGGCUGUACCCAUUUUCACGGGUCGGCAUUGGCUCUAUCGAGAGAUCGUCGACCAUAUCACCUCCGACCUCCCCACCAACCGAGGAGUAGUGAUCACGGGUCAUCCUGGUACGGGCAAGACCUCUGUCAUCCUUCAACUUGUUGAGCAUAGCUGUUUUGGCCGUGAAGAGGGGAAUGUCCAAGAUGAUCCCAACCGUUUCGACCAAAUCAGCAUGAUCGAGUCGAUUUAUGGCCAGUCCCAACUGAGCACCAACCUUGGACAGCCCCACUCUCAGCCCAAGAGCAUGAAACUGUUAGCCUCUCAGAUUGUGGCGUACCACUUCUGUCAAUCUGACAAUGCACCCACGUGUUUGGUGGCGGAAUUCAUUCACUCACUCGCCGCCCAAAUGUCGCAAGCCCCGCAACUCACGCCCUAUUACCAAUUAGUUAACUCUGAUCCGAACCUUCAAAACAUCUUGUCUCUCCCCGGAUGUGUGUCUGACCCCAGUGGAUCAUUUGUCCAAGGCAUCAUGGAGCCUUUGCAUGCUCUUCGACGACUAGGUCGACUCAGUUCGGACACGUGCCUUAUUGUCAUCGAUGGCCUCUGUGACGCAGAGAUACAUCGGCCCGACCACGGUCACACUCUCGCCUCGUUCUUGAGCAAGCAUCUUGAGCACUUCCCGGAUUGGCUCAAGAUUGUGUGCACGGUGAGAACGGGGAUGCAGGAUAUCACCAAGUCCUUACCUUUUCAGCGGAUCUCCUUGGACAAAACGGAUGUGGACGAACGUCUUAAUAAGGAUAUGACCGAUUACAUUUCAUUGCGGAUCUCGCGUAGUGCCUCUAUUCAAACCAACAUAACACCCAUCUCGGCCAAAUUGGAGGGCACGCCCCAGGAGCGCAUCACUCUGUUUCUAGUCCAAGUGGCUCACGGCUGCUUCCUUUACGUCAAAAUGGUGUUGGAACUCAUUGAACGAGGCCAUUUGGUCAUCAAAUCCUCGAGUUUCAAUGUUCUACCGUUGUCAUUGUCUGAAAUAUUUUUGUUGGAAUUCAAUCUCAAAUUCUCCAGUCUGAGAUCAUUCGAGAAAGUCCAGGAUAUCUUGGCCACAGCUUUAGCCUCAUUGGUGCCUUUGACCCCACAGGACCUGUAUAAUUCGGUGAACGCCCUCCAUUGCUCGUCAAGUAUUCAAUGGGGCGAGUUCCUCAUGCGGUUCUCGUCCCUGGCUACUUUCUUGCUGCGUCGAGCAGAUGACACUGUCAUGUUCUUUCAUCCCACCUUCAAGGAUUGGCUUAUUAAACGUCGGGAGUUUGACCCCAAGAAGUUCCUCGUGGAUCCUCGAAUGGGUCACGCGGCAAUCGCAUUCCGAAUGUGCAGGGGUGACACCUCCUUAGGUCCGGACAAGACCCUGGAGUUGGGCCAUCAUAUUCUCAAGGCCCAUAUUUACAAAGACAAACGAGAAGAAGUUGAUAUCCCUCCUAGGGACUUACAAGCCAUGUGGGUGGCCAUGACAACGGAGGACGUAUCAAUCGCCUUGGGAGCAGUGAGGAACGUGUCGAGUCCCAAUGUCAAGGUAUCCCGUCUCUUACUACUCGCUGGUGCGUCUCCCGAUCAUAUUUCGGAUUACCUAACCAACGCUCCUCUCGUGAGCGUGUUUGCCAACCAGGGCUACUUGGACAUGGUGGCUUUACUCAUCGAGUUCGGGGCCGAUAUCAAUGCAAUCAACUCCAAUGGCAUGACAGCCUUAAUGUUUGCGGCCAAGCAAGGCCACUUGGACAUUGUCAGACUUCUGUUCCAACAUGGAGCCGUCAUCAAUCUCAUCGACAAGACUGAGAUGAGCGCGUUAGUCUUUGCGGCCAAAUCCGGUCACUUGAACACCAUUAGCUUUUUGGUGUCUUGCGAUUGGGUCACCGACUCAGUGAACGACCUGGGUCUGGCUGAGGCUGCCCAACAAGCCAUGGUGAUUUCAGCAGAGAAAGGGCAUGAACAAGUCCUGGAGUUCCUCUUGGACAUGGCGGAAGUGAAGAUUAAUCAUUCAGACACACUUACGGGCAAUACCGCGCUCUGUGCGGCUGCCAGUUGUGGACAACGACGAUGUGUAGAGAUACUCUUGAGACGUGGAGCCAAAGUGGCACUUUCCAAUCUCAAAGAGUCGUCGCCACUUCAUUUGGCCAUAGGAGGCGGACAUUGGGAAGUGACGGAACUUCUCCUCAAAGAAGGUGCUAAUCUGGAACAAGCAGACUCUCUGGGACGUACCCCAUUAAUGAUCAGUGCCUUGGAAGGACACACAGGUUUGUUAGAACUCCUCAUCUCUAAACACGCCCUAAUCGAGGCCCACGACAAUGACGGUCUAAGCGCUCUCGGCUGGGCUUGUCUUAAAGCCCGAACUCAAGCCGUGGUCUCGUUAUUGGAUCAAGGAGCGGAUGUGAACCAUGCCGACAAAACAGGAAGAACGCCUCUUGAUUUAGCCGCUUACAAAGGUGAGCCUGAAGUUGUGCAACUUCUUCUGGAUCGAGGCGGAGUCAUGGAGCACGUUGACAUUCACGGAAUGCGCCCCUUAGAUCGGGCUAUUUCGGCAGGGCACAAACCGGUGGUUGAGUGUUUCCUGAAAAAAGGCGCCAAACUUGGACCGGCAACGUGGUCGCUUGCAGCUAACAAACAAGACAUUUUGAUGAUUUUGUUGAACAAGUUGCUGGAGGAUGGUAACACUCUAUACCGCAAGAAUCGGUUUGACGAGGCCGCCCAUCGUUACCAAUACGCUUUGCGUCGCUUACCUACCCAGUCCAAAGCCGAUACUCUGCAAACAUUCGACCAACUCAAAAUCCACUUACUUUUGAACUUGAGUCGAUGCAAACGGAAAAUGGGCGACUUCCCCGAUGCUAUUCAAAAGGCCACGGACGUGAUUCUAUUUCGUCCCAAUUGCUUAGAAGCUUACCAAGCACGAGCACGUGCUUAUCGAGAAAACGAGGAGUACGAAGAGGCCAUCACGGAUUUGACCGAAGCCCUGAAGAUCUCGCCGCAAAAUCGAGAAAUUCACAAGUUCAUCAUCAAAGUCAAAGAAGAGUUGAAAGAAAAUCAAAAGGAGAAGAACAACAAUCUGAAUCGACCGCAAUAUCCCAUUGGUAUGGAUCAAAAAGAUGGAAUUAAAUUCGUGGACGACAGCUCGUCCGUGACCACCAAUAACGAAUAGACUCUCCUCGAUGCUUGUACAUUUCACAUUCCGUGUCCUCUUCACUCCAUCGUGUUGUGCCACUGUUUUCUUUGUAUCAUCCUUACAAACGGUCUCCGUGUCCGUGUCAUUGGCAGAUGGCAAAAUUUUGAACAUUAUUAUUAGUAUCAUUAUCGUAUAUAAUUACUGUUAUUCUUCUCUCGUGCCCGAAUGCGGCUGUGAAUGUACUAUAAACAAUGAUCUUCGAGUUCGGAGAAGUCUGAUAGAAAACCCCAUCGAGUUAUACCAUGUUUUCCCGAAAUAUAUCAAAAUCAAUGUGCCCAA